GGGAAGUUUUAUCACACGCGAAUUGAAGCCAUUUAUAUCAAUAACAAAUGAAAUAUCGAAGUGUAAUCUUGAUGGAAGUACAGAUAUUUAAUGCUUUGUGACACAGCUUACUCCUACAAUCAGAACAGGAGGACCAUGAGAAUCUUUUAACGCUCCCCUGACAUACUGUAAAACAGUGGAACAAGUUUUGGGAUCCCGGCAAUAGAAAGCAAUAGAAUGUGAAAAAUAUGUAAACAUGAUGUUUGAUGCCGAAUACAUCAGACGUUAAGCCAUGGAGUGUAAGCCGGGGCAUGUCGCUAUCACGAGGCAUUGUGUAAACCGAGGCAUGUCGCUAUCACGAGGCAUUGUGUAAACCUGGCAUGUCGCUAUCACGAGGCAUUGUGUAAACCGGGGCAUGUGGCUAUCACGAGGCAUUGUGUAAACCGGGGCAUGUGGCUAUCACGAGGCAUUGUGUAAACUGGGGCAUGUCGCUAUCACGAGGCAUUGUCAGAUGGAAGUUAACACUUGCUCAACUCAUCUCCAAAAUUGUGUGCACAGUGGAAAAAUGUUCACGUAAGUUAUCACAGUGACAUUGAUCAUAAAAUUAAAAGAGGGUCAUGAUGUCUUUAAAUUGUAUCACUUAGUGAAAUAUAAAAUCUUUGCAAGUAAUACUAUAUUACGAAAGUGAUCUCUGUGACCAUGACCUAUGUUAUACUUAAUAUAAAAUCACGAUGGAUCUUGUCUUCAUAAAAACCAAACAUCGUUGAAAAUAUGCUCUUCGUUGGAAUGGCCUCGAUGUUUAAUGAAAAUAUUUUUUUGCAUAAGUAAUUCAUAUGAUCUGACAUUGGACCUACCUUUGAACGUUAUGUUAAAGCGUCAGACGGAGUUAUAUUUCAUUCAUGUAUUUCUCCAAUGUAUAAGUACAUCAACUUUCACUUCUGGAUCUAUAGACAACUAUUGUUUAAGUGUCAAAUGUUAAAACUAUAACUAGCAAUGUUUCAUUUGCAAAUAAGAUGUUAUGAAAGAACAACGAGGUCACAGGUUAUACUUUUAACAUCAAAAGAAACCAUGAGCAUACGUUUUUACAUCAUGCUAAAAACAAAACAGUUAACAAACCAUAUAGCACUAAACGAAAACUACUGACAAAGAUUGCAAAAAAACGCCUGUGGAAUACGUAGGUGAAGUGUACUGGUUAUGUCUGUAACCAUGCACCUUCAUCACUUGUUGCGGCGAUGUCAUAAACGGAUUUGUAAAGGCAGACAACAGCGAUGGGGUACUGGCUGUCAUGGGAACUUUCCAGAAAUACGGCGUCGACAGCAAGGACGUUGUGAGAUGUGAAGAUUAUUGAUUUUCGCGGUGUGUGUCUGGAUGGCGAUGGGUCAGGUACCUAGCACCACGCCACCACCCUACAUUUACCCCAGAUGCGCGCCCAGGAACACCACCAUCCUAGCACCUUAUUUGCAAAGUAACGGCACCGUACUACCAGCCGUGCCAACGUUCCCUGAUACGUUCCAAGUGCGAGUGGAAGCGAACAUUCUUGAAAUGAAUAAGACGAUCGUGGGAGAGGAAUUCCACGACAUGAACAAGCGCGCCGCAUUGAGGACCAUCACGAACAAUUCAGAGAACUAUAUGAUCUUAGACUACUACAACGGUCAGCUGUUCUAUGACGUCAACGGUGUCUGCUAUGCCACGGAUCUGAAGUAUGACGACAAUCAACUGUUGUUUGGAAUGCAAAUGACCGGCGCUGGUAUUCCCCAUUUCUACAGCACGGCGCAGGCACUGCAGUUCGCAAAGGCCAAUGGAAUGAUGUACAUGGGCCGUCAGGAGAUCCGAGGCAUCCUGUGUGCCUGGUGGCGCUCGUGUAUGUACUGGGACAUUCUGGCCUCCAACUUUACCCUCGACUUCUUCUUCACAGCUCAGGACAGCAGUUUCACAUGGGUUGGACCUGACAACGAGAACGUGGUUCCCAUCCGCGCCGAAAUUCACGGGACCCAGUACAUCCCCCAGGUGGACGGGUCUAACUCCAAAAAUUUCCAUCACAUAUACGAAUACUUCGACUUCCGCAACGCAAUCUGGGCUCCCGACGACAAGUUUUGGCCGCCUCAAGGCGUGAUGUGCUCUGGCCGUAGAGACCCGAAGCCUGUGCCGCAGCUGACUUCGCAGUAUUCGUACCUAUUGGAGAUCGUCGACUCCGUCAAUGCAGCGGUCUCACGUGCGGAUAUUUAUUACGACUUCUCGUACCAGCUGGUCAGGUUCGACUACCGGCCGAGUAGCGCUGGGUACCCGUAUUACACGACCAACCCCGUCACCCAGAUACACGACUAUAGCACUGGUUUCGCCUACGCUAUCGACAAGACUCAAGGCAACUGCUCCGUGAGACCAAUCCAGAACGCAAGUUUUUACGCCUCCGUCACCCAGAGGCCCGACACGCAGUUCUACAUCCAUAUGAAGGCUGCAUCCCAGCUCCUCUACCUAGAUAACACGACAUAUUCGUAUGAGGGACAGCGCACUGUUCGAGAAAUGCUUUGUGACGUGUAUAUCUCCAAGCAGACGGACUUCACACUUCCCAACAUCUCCAUAAAUUUCACGUCGAUCUUCGAAUUCUACUUAUGGUCUGAUUCAACGAUCAACCUGACCACACCCGUACAGCUGGUCAUUACGACACCCGACAUCGUAGGUUAUCGAGAAACGUACAAUAUCUACAACUGGGUGCCAGAGGACCCUACCUACAACAGGUUCGACGUCACCAUCUGCUAUGACGAUAACUCACAGAAAUCUUUCACCAUGGAGUGGCCGGGAAGCUGGGAAUCAAAUAUCGCUCAGUACCAAAACCAGUUUGUGCGCGCGGUGACGCAGACGAUCUCGCGCCUGACGCACGUGCAACCCAUCCGCGUACAGACGCCAACGUUCAACUUUGACUCUGCAAACAUCUAUUUUGUGGCCACACUGCUGGAAGCCCCACCGCCCUUGGGUACGGUGGACUAUCAGAGCUUGAACAUUCCCCUGGAUAAGGCGUGGACCACCUUGAAGAAAUCCGUGCUGAUCGGGGACUUUCAAUUCUCACUGCUCAUCAACGGACAGCAAGUGCAGUUCACCGCUGGAAGCAUAAAAGAACAUGAGAAAAAGAACACAAAGACACCAUGCAUCAAUGACCCGCAGAAAUCGUCUGGAUACAGUGUAGGUUCUAUAUUCAGGUUAGCUGUCGGUAUGACAAUACUGGGCAUCAAGUUUUGCCAACUGAUCUAAUUGAGUCUGCGAGCAUAACUAAGUUUUAAACACAUGUCGGAAUGAACUUGUUCAAGACAAUAGUCACAUUAGAUUGUGCAAAUAAAAUUCCAUGAAAAUCGUGGAGAAGCAGUUA